UCUCUCUCGUCGGGUUUUGUUGUGAUUUUCAACUCGAAUUGUUUACGUUACACGCGUGCGGUACAGCGAAUGUCAUCCUUGUCGCGAUCGUUGUUUACGUCGCUGUUUAAAAACGUGAGUGAAGCCGGUUUGGCGAAUCGUGGGUGUGUCGCUAUAAUUAGCCUAUCGGUAUAUUAGAAUUGCGACUUGCGGUGUUUGCAUUAGCCGUUUUGUUAGGGAAGAAUCACAGCAGGCGACGCGUGAGGGGGGUGCAAGCACGUGCACGCCUCCUACGGUGAGGAGUGGCUUGAAAUUAAAGUGAAAAUUCACGUGUAGCGUUCAAUUUUGAAAUCGAGAAAAGUGCACUGGAGGUAAAAAUCGGUGUCGAGUUGCUGUUUGCCGUUUCCCUCUCCCCCCCCCAUUCCGUGGCUGUGUUUUGGCGGGUUUGUUUACAUCGGCCCAUCAGUGAAAGUGAAACCGAGAAAAAUAUGCUGCAGUCUACGACGUUUACGAUUGCUUCGGUGGUGGCGGCGUCGUCGUCGUCGUCGUCGUCGCUUGUUCACCAUGUGGAAAAGUGAUCGCAAGUGAUUGGAGGAGAUCGUUGUUGUUAUUAUUGCUUUCAAGAGUUCAAGACAGUGUGAGUUUGGAGGAAGAAAGCUGAAUCAUACAAAGAAAAAAGGAAAAAGUAAAACGUAGGCCAGCGGAGAAAGGGAAAUAUUGUUUACCUUCCUUUCGACGGUUGUGUUGUUAUAAGUGUUGAGAGAAAAGUGGAAAUAGCAGCGGAGUCACACAUCAUCGUUCAUUUCGUAAAAAGUGAAGGAAGAAGAGACGUCGGACAUAGCCGGACGGAGUGAUGCAGUCCGUAUAGCCGAAGCCCAUUCGCCAUCCACACACACACAACAAUGUCGUCCCUACGGAAGUCGGCAUCGUUCCGGUCGCGGAUUCCGGUGCGAAGGACACGCGUUUCGACCAGACGUUGCGUAAGUCCGCAGCCCUCCACUUCGACGGUGACCAGUACGGGAUCGAUGUACGACGUCGGAGCAGGUGGCCGGCAGUGGUACGAACGGCGCUACUCUUCGUCCAGCUACUCCAGCAGCGACGAGAGCCACGACGAAUCCGAGACGCCACUUAAGCUGUUGCUCAAACAUUCCCCGGCGGCGAUGACGGCUGCGACGGCGUCGGCGGAUGGACGUGACAGGGCCCGGCAGCAGCACCUUGUCAAUCUGAGCGUCUCGACCGACGCCAUCAGCCUGGACGGGUUGCUGGACUGCGUGAGCAGCGGAAGCUUUUCCAGCCCACCGUCACCGAAAGGAACAAUGGGAGGACACAGUAGCAGGACGACCACCGGGACCGCCGAGGAUGACUCUGGCAUCUAUCAAAACGACCCCCACCACCUGCACCAGCACCACAGGCAACGGCAUCCGCACCCACCCGAGGACAAUGCCGAAAGGAUUACUACUUCCUCGUCCUCCUCCAGCCGCUCCGCCUCCUCGCUGGAAGAAUUGAAUUACGCGCUCGAAACGCUCAAAAUCAGCGACACAUUUCACGCCGAUAAACAGGCAGUUAAUCAACAUUAUGAAAAUCUCAUUAACGAGACAACCGACCUCGAGGACCAACGGGUGCUGAACCAGCAGGAGGAUGCCGAUUCGAAGAAGCAAAGGAAGCUCAGCGACUGGUACUACAUCAAGACCAGUCCGACCAAGCACAAGAAGGGUCCACCACCGGCGGCAAGUCCUUGCGUCGAACGCCGGAACCGACCAGCAGUAAUAAUUACACGGGAUCAGCAGCGGGCUGGCAGCCCCGGUAGGUCUACCCAUCCGGACGAGCAGCUUGUUCCGCCAGUGAUGGCAACGACUUCGAGUGGCGGUGGCUCGCGACAGGGCCAAGUACUGCUGACAAAAGUUUUAAUUGCUAGUAAAUAUUCCUCCUCUCUAGCUGGAGCGAACGAUGGCCACCACCAGCUCCACCCCCAGCAGCAGCAGCAGCAGGGCAAUUCAAACUUGGUAAACAGCAAUAAAUUUUCAUCUCCGGUGUUGGGUCCGAGGAGGUUCGCUUCCAGCGAUGUUUUACCACCGCAAGCCGCACCCCGGCGGCACUACUCUGCUGCUUCGUCGAGGCCAAUCUCGCCCCCAACGAUAACAAACGCUGCAACAAUGGCAAUAAAUGACAGAAAUCUGUCGCCUCCGGUCACAAGCAAAUAUUUCAACAUCGUGACCCGACCAGGUAUUUCCGCGGACUCGGGACGACCACCCGGGCAGCUGGACAUCACCAGCACCAGCAGUAGCUUCGAGCACAUCCCGGAGAUUAUCGGCAAUCGAUUUUCACCGUACUGCCAGCGUAAACAUCCGCAGAACAUUUAUGAAAAUUUUCCAGCGAAUCGAAUCGCACCACCCACCGACAGCCAGCUCCCGCAGCCAUACGACAUCGUGGACAUGACGCACCAGCAGCGAUACAAAAAGGCGGUCAAACGGCCUUUGCCGAGGGUGCCACCACAGCCGGCAUCAUCUGGUGCGGGACCGCCAGCAGGAGCGCCACCACCUGUGCCACCGUUACCAUCGGCAGUGGCGGCUGCUACGGCGGUUGCCAUCGAGUAUGGCGAAGAGGAUGACGACGCCGCCGACCGGAAGAACAAAAGUUCAUUGACCAGGUGCUAUCCCACCAAGACGAACCAACAACAACAACAACAACAACAACAACAACAACAACAACAGCAGCAGCACCCCCACCACCACCAGAUCACAACACCAACCUCGUACCGGACCGAGUACGAACUGUCCGGAUCGUACGUAUCGCUCGAGUGUCCAUCGCCACCCGGUCCGCCGGCAUGCCUGACCGACAACAACCGGCGGGACCCGCAGGCCCGCCUGGCCCGAUGCCUCCGGAAUCUCUACACCGAGCUAGCCCUCAAGGAGCCGGUCCUGCCGACGUGGGUCCAGCCGGUCGCGCCGGGGCUGCUCUGUCCAGCCCGGCUGGAGCCAGAACUAAGACUGCACAUCCAUUCGCACGGUCUGAACGAGUGCAUCUCGGUCGAUCAGAUCCUGGCCGCCGUUCAGACCAAGGAUGGACCCUUCCUGGAAGCGCCCCGGCGGGUACUGAUCGAGUGCCCUCCGUGGGUUACGCGUAGCGCACUGGCCCUCCGGAUACUGCACGGCUGGAGCCGGGAACCGCCAUGGCCUCCGCGAGGUCAACCCGUAGCGUUAGCACUUUUUAUACCGUUAAACGAAAUCAAGGGAUCGUUAGCCAGUUAUGUAGCGAAAGAACUAUUACCUCGGGGUACGCAGAAUCCGUUUGCAUCCGGAUUUGGGGGUUUCAAUGCCGCGUGGAACUCGCUGGAGUCGUUGAAGAGCAAACUGCUGGUCGUACUGGACGGCUACGAUGUGCAGAGUAAAUCCAGGCAGAACAAAUCCGUCCAGAAGGACGUGACGGAUUUGCUAGAGGGAAGACUGUUCCCCGAGGCUAGGGUCAUACUGAUCAGCGUGACGUCGUCCUGCGCAGAGCUGUUGCCAUUGAUGCAGCGUCACGUCACCUUCGAAGGAAUCACCUGGGGUCGAUCGGUUUCCUUGCUAGGCGGCGGUCAAUGGGGUGCUCCUACGAGACUAAUCGAUUGUGUUCAAGACUGUAGACAUCUACGGAACAUAGCGAGGACUUCGUUGGGCUGUCUAGCCAUCUCGGCGAUCUACGCGGCCAAUGCAGGCGAUCUACCUACGGACGAAAUUGACGUUAUCGCUUCCGUAUUCAACUGCGUAGCUACCAACUCUUCGCACACGCAAGUCACCGAGCUCGGCAGGUUGGCUCUUUUCUGCCUGAAGACCAAGCGAUCGACGGUCAGUUCAGCUGAGCUUAAAAUGUACUGUUCGUCUCCGGAAACCAACAUCAUCGGAUGCUUGGACAAGGCACCGGUCUUCGGGCGAACAGCGCGGAGAAAAUCCGAAUUCAAUUAUACCACCAUUUGUCCAGGGAUUGCUGAAUUCCUUGCGGCCAACUACAUCGUAUCGCUAGCUAGUCGACCGGGCCUGCUCGCCGCUGAAGUUGCCGGUCUAGCCAUCGGCGACGAAGUCGAACCGGAAAUCCUCAAAGUGCUAACCUAUGCCAUGUCUCUCCUCGGCUCGCGAGCUCACCUAUUGCUCUCCAAACUUACUCCGCUCUGGUUAAGCCCACAAACCAUAUUCUCCCUAGCCGUGGCCGGCGGUGAAACCGAGUCCAACCUCACUGCCCUUUGCGAAAUCCUUGGAAUAUCCAAGUCCCCUCCGAUACCUCCACUAGAGGCGAAACCCAUCUGGGUGCAAAUCAAAUCCACAGCCUCUGAACUGCAAGGUUGGGGUCUGGCACUCAAGAGUCCAACCUGCACGCUCAAAAACCUGGAACUAGUCUACCAGAUCGAGAAGAACAUGCUCCUCGAGUCACGGAACGUCAUGGACAUCUUCCUCGAUGCGCUGUCCAAGAACGAAAGUGUCACAACACUUCGAAUAACUUCGCUGAUCGAAAACGAAGUUCGAGACUCGGACAUCAACUACCUAGCGACAUGCAUAUCCAAAACCGUACUGAAACCAAGACUGGAGAGCUUCGAAGUUAUUCUGACACUGCUGGAAGAAGAUCCUCCCAUACUGAAGCUGCAGUCCGUAGUGACGGGUCUUUGCAGAGCGAUCCCUCGACAACCGAAACUCAGCAACUUGAUCCUCGAUCUAGGUCUUUGCACUUCGCAACUGGUUCAAAUCUGCUCAAUGCUCGAGAAAUGCCCUCACGUCACAAGACUGUCCUUCCCGCAUCUCCGUUGCGAACGUGGAGCCGUAGGCGCUCUGGCCAGUCUCCUGAAUGCCCGGCCUCUGUCCUAUCUAGCACUAGCCUCCAGUUGGGGAGCUCGCGACGAUCCACCGUCCUCUAGUGGCGUCAGCAUGGGUUCCGGUUCCGGUAGCAGCUCCGGAAACUCCGGCCUUAUCAAACAAUCUUCUCUAACCGGAGCGCCAUCGCCUCGAUCCUAUCCAACCGGAAUCUUCUCAUCACUGCCCCGAGGAGUACUGAACUCCACCUCAAACAUGGGCCGCUCAGCCACACUACCACGUCAACCCAUGGAAGGACCACCGGAUAAACGAAGCACGGACUCGGUCAUCUCCCGAACUUGGUAUCCUACUCCAGCUUGCGACGGCGGUCCUCACAACUCCGGUACACUUCACGAACUGCUUCUGGCGGCACGGGACUCCUACUCCCGACUCCAUGGGCUGGACCUCAGCAAAGCUCAACUUUCGCUCGAGGACUCCAUGUGCCUGGGGGAAACGGUUCGUGUAUCCACUAAUCUCCAUUCGAUCAAACUGGAAGGCGCCUCUCGCCUCAGCGAGAUCCUGCCCACGGUGCUGGGUGCCAGCGAGUCACCUAGCCUGCAGAUGCUCAGCCUUGGAUCGCCCCGAAUCGCCCUGGAGGAUGCCGCCGUCGGAAUGUCAGCACGUGCCUUGGGUAGUUGCAUCACGCUACGACUGCUUAGCUUAGAUGGCUGGAGUUUCAGGAUAGAGAACGUCAGUACGCUCGCAUCGGUACGGGGCUUCCUGUCGCUGACCUCGAUCCGCGAGCUCGGCCUCAACAACUGUCGGCUCAAUAUAUCGAUGUUUAAGAGCGACGUCCAGAUGCCGAGCAGUGCGUACGAGUGCCGCUCGGUCGUGAACCUCAAGAUGGCGGGGGCUCAGAUUAUCUUCUCCGAUCACGUCUCGCUGAAGGGACCCCACAUGUUACCCUAUCUGACCGGUUUCGUGAAUCUACGGGAGCUGGAUCUGUCGGGGCCUGCGCGCACCGGUCUCGGCAGCAACACGUCCAACCCGUCGAUUCUGUCCGAUAAGGAUAUUAUCGGUUUCUUCUCCACGCUCAACGCUCACUUUAGUUCGCUCAACACCCUGAAAAUCUGCAACUGGAUCGUGCACCUGGACGAUGUGAAUCGGACGCUGAAGGCCGUUUCCAAACUGUUCAAAUCCAGCCCGAUGAGCCACGUCAAGGUUGACGGGAUCAUCGUGCUGGACCGGCCGAAGAAGCAACGGAUCGAGUCGCAGUUUAUGCAUGCCCUGCUCGCUUCGCUACCGCAGCUGCGGUGGCUGGGCCUUACCAUGGCCGGCAUGAACGAGGAACAGAUUGCGGCGCUCGGGACGUACUGCGCCGACAUCCGGGGAAUGGAGAUCGACAUCAGACUGUGCGAGUCGACGAUCGAAAGUGCAAGAUUAAUGACACACCCGCUCGGACUGGACGGGAAGUUUGACAUACGGGUGUCGACGUUCGGUACCUCCAACAGCAUCCUGGUCCACAUCGAGAAGACGUCGACCAAGAGCCUAUCCCGCAAGUAGGCCAGCCGGCAGGUAGGCGAAAGGCAGUCUCGGUAAAGUGUAGAAAGAAUUUUUUGAAAAUGCUAUUGAUGUCUUUUCUCGCGUCUCUUAUAAAUCAUCUCCCCGUCACUAACCUUCGGGGGUUGGCCUGCGUUUCAUCGCGUCUGAAGAACUGGAAGCCUAGGCGGGAGUUGUUUCAUCGGAUGCUUGAUCGGUAGCUGCUCCCUAAAAUCUGCAGCAAAAUUUCCACUGCAACUAGCUCACGAAGAACAAA